AUGGAUCAAACCAUGAUGAAAGAUGUGACGACCACCUCAGUCGCUUGGAAAACAGCCAAAAAUGAUGCAGCCACUGUGUCCUUAAAAUCCACUCAGAAACCCACGUUUGAAUGGAAACAAGACACGCUGGUUUUAAAAGCCGUCCCUCCUCAAGAUGUCUAUGCUCGCGAUGCGGCCAAUAAAGUGCAACCCUUAUUAACCGUUGGGAUUCAUGUCGACUUUGCUCAAAAGUUUGGCCUCCUUACCAAAGACAAGAACGACAAGUAUCAAUUAGGGCCCAAUUUAGACUAUGCAUUACCCACCAGCACCUAUAAUGAUACCACACUUCCUCCGAGAACCAAUCAAAGGUAUCAGUGGUUAGGAGAACACUAA